AUGUCUCACAAAUCUGAAGAGACUAAUAAUGAAGAUCCAACAAAGCAAAAGAUACCUAAAAAAACUAGUGAAGAUAAGAACGAAGGUCCAAAAAUACAUUUAGCUGGUGAAUAUGAUGGAAAAUUUAAUAUUAAUCAAGAAAUACCACGUCAUACUAUGACUACAAUUCAAACAGCAGGAGAUGCAAUUCAACCAUUUUUACCAUUUUUUUCACAUGUAAUUGAUAUUGUUAAAUCAUUAUUGCAAACAAAUGAAACAGCAAAAUGUAACCAAAAAAUUUGUUUAGCAUUAAUUGAUCGUGUAGAAAUUGCUCAACAAGCAGUAAAUUCCUUAAAACGACAACAAUUAGCAAAUGAAAAACUUUUUCGAGAUCAAAAUUAUUACUAUGCUUGGGUUAGAUUUAUAACUGUUUUAGAAAAUAUUAGAAAAUUUGCUAAAGAAAUUACUCAAUUAUCAAGUUUACAAAAAUAUAUAAGUGCAAUGACUGUUAAAGAAGCUUUUGAUAAAAACAUAAAAGAAUUUGAAGAAGUUUGUAAUGAUUUACAUUUCACAUUGGCUAUUUAUAAUAAUGAACGGAGGGAAAUAGAAACUAAAAAAGUUAUGGAAGAUAUAGAUAUUUUACUUAAGAACAUGGGUGAAUUAAGUUCUGACAUUAGACUAGUAAUGAAAGAGUUAACCCAGUUAUCAACAAAUAUAAGCGAAUUAACUAAACAAAUAGUUAAACCAGAAAGUGGUUCAAUGGGUACUGAAGAUACCGCAAAAUUAAAAUUAAAUAAUGCUUACAAAGCACCUGAUAUAAAUCCAGCUGAUCUUGAACCAUAUCAUCUUAAUGGAUAUGAGCCUAAAAUUUCAAAUUUUGAACUUAGUCAUACUGAACAUGAAAAAUCUUUGGAAGUAAAAAGUAUAUUAGAUCUAAUCAGAUGGUUAGCUCCUGAAAAAAUGAGCAAUGAUUCAAAAAAACGGUAUAAUCUUAAUAGGAGAUACGACCAUCAUUGUGAGAUGUUUAGGUAUAUACCAAAUAUAUCUUAA